AUGAAGCGGGUGGUGGCUGCGGGGCUGGUGCUCUGCCUUUUCCUCUUCUGGGGCCGGUUCUCCCGAGGGCGCGCGGGGCCGCGCGUCUACCUGAGCAGCUGGGCGGUGCGCGUCCCCGCGGGGGCCCAGGUGGCGCAGCGCCUGGCGCGCAGGCAUGGGAUGCUUUACCUGGGACAGGUGAUCGAGGGAGAACCUUAUUACCACCUGAAGCACAGAGGCAUCACACAGAGGUCACUGACUCGACACUGGGGCUGGCAUAUCCGUCUGAAGAAAGAGCCCUUGGUCCCCUGGUUUGAACAGCAGACAGUGAAGAGGCGAGCGAGGAGAACAGUCAUCCCCACCGAUCCGUGGUUUUACAAACAAUGGUACAUGAACAGCGAUGUGUUUCCGGAUCUCAACGUCCUCACAGCCUGGAGCCAGGGCUAUACGGGCUCAGGGGUGGUGGUGAGCAUCUUGGAUGAUGGUAUCGAGAAAGACCACCCCGACCUCGUAGCAAACUACGACCCCGAGGCCAGUUACGACUUCAAUGACGACGACCCCGACCCACAGCCUCGAUACAAUGCUUGGGAUGAGAACCGGCACGGGACUCGCUGCGCUGGGGAGGUGGCCGCCAUUGCCGACAACGAUGUUUGCGGAGCCGGCAUCGCUUACCGGGCAAAGAUUGGGGGGGUGAGGAUGCUGGAUGGCACCGUGACGGACAUUGUCGAGGCUCAGUCCUUGAGUUUCCACCCUCAGCACAUUGAUAUCUACAGUGCUAGUUGGGGCCCAGAAGAUGAUGGCAAAACGGUGGACGGCCCUGGCAUUCUGGCCAUGGAAGCCUUCCGCAAGGGCAUAAUUAAUGGCCGCCAGGGGCUGGGCUCCCUCUUCAUCUGGGCCUCUGGGAAUGGCGGCCUCCGCAGUGACAACUGCAACUGCGACGGCUACACCAACAGCAUCUACACCUUGUCGGUGGGCAGCACGACCGAGAGGGGCAGGGUGCCCUGGUACAACGAGGCUUGCGCCUCGACCCUCACCACCACCUACAGCAGCGGGGCGAAAGGGGAGAAGCAGAUUGUGACCACAGACCUUCGCCACACCUGCACCAGCGGCCACACGGGAACUUCAGCUUCCGCCCCCCUCGCGGCCGGCAUGAUUUCACUCGCUUUGGAAGCCAACCCAGCCCUGACCUGGCGUGACAUGCAGCACCUCGUAGUGAGAGCCUCCAGGCCAGCUCACCUCCAGGCAGACGACUGGGCUGUGAAUGGCGUGGGCCGCAAAGUGAGUCACUAUUACGGAUACGGGCUCUUAGACGCUGGACGCCUGGUGGAUCUGGCCAAGAGGUGGAAUACGACUGGGCCCCAGAGGAGAUGCUCCGUCAGAAUUGUCUACAAGCCAUUGCCGAUCGGUUCAAGGCUCUCCAUCGCCAAAAACAUUACCUCCUCCUCCUGCCUGGCGAACGACCAGAGCAUCCGCUCCCUGGAGCACGUGCAGGUCCAGCUCUCUCUCCACUACAGCCGGCGAGGGGAUUUAGCCAUCUCUCUGACCAGCCCCAUGGGGACCAAAUCCACUCUGGUGGCUGUCAGGCCUCACGACACGAGCCGCGAGGGGUACAGGGACUGGUCUUUCAUGUCCACACACUAUUGGGACGAAAGUCCGUGGGGUGUCUGGUCCCUUCUGCUGGAGAACAAAGGCGAUGCAUACAACACAGGGUCCCUCGACAGCUUGGUGUUAAAACUGUACGGGACAGAGGAAGAUAUGAGGGCGAGGCCAUCUGCAGCCUCGAUGGUGGGCAGCUGUGCUAUGCGAAGCGCUGAUGGAGCAUGCCUGGAAUGCCACGGCCGCUUCUACGUUCUCCAGCGCCGAUGCGUCGCCUACUGCCCCCCCAGAUAUUACGCCCUCUCCCGGCCCUCCCUGGCUCCCGACGGGACGCCCCGCUCCACCCGGUCCUGCGCCGCUUGCCACCCAUCCUGCUACACCUGCCGCGGAGGCAUGGCAAACAACUGCACCGCCUGCCCGCCUUUCAGUAGCUUGCAGGAGGCCACCCACAGCUGUUCCCAGCACCCGUUCUACACGUCCCGUGGAGGGGAGGUGGCUCAGGGGCAAAGGCACCUCCCCCUCCUGCUUGCGGUGGCCCUGCUGUUUGUGGGGCCCAUCUUCUUCUCCCUCCUUUACGGGGCUUACCGCCUGGCCUCCCGAAGGGCCAAGGGGCAGAAGGGGGCUGGGGCCCGGGCCAUAUCCGGGUCGGAGAUGCUGUGCCUAAACCAGACAGAGGAAUGUUUAAAGGAGCCGCUGCAGAAGCCUUUCCCGUGA